AUGGCGAACCAAAUACCCAUGAUAUCCUGCCCGCUCAAGCAGACCAACGAGAUCGACUGGAUAGCCCCCCUCAAAUCCUACAUUCGUGCGACCUAUGGCGACGACCCGGAGCGCUAUACUGAGGAAUGCGCGACCUUGAAUCGGUUGAGACAAGACAUGCGGGGUGCCGGAAGUGACAGUGCUUCAGGAAGAGAUCUCCUGUACAGAUAUUAUGGACAACUGGAAUUACUGGACCUGAGGUUUCCGGUUGAUGAAAAUCACAUCAAGAUUAGUUUUACAUGGUUCGAUGCCUUCACACAUAAACCCACCUCACAGUACUCGCUAGCGUACGAGAAAGCGUCGAUUAUCUUUAACAUAUCGGCCGUGUUGUCAUGCCAUGCCGCGCAUCAAAACAGGCACGAGGACAUUGGACUGAAGACGGCGUACCAUUCCUUCCAGGCGUCCGCGGGCAUGUUCACAUACAUCAACGAGAACUUCCUACAUGCGCCAUCUGCGGAUCUGAGCCGGGAGACCGUUAAAACAUUGAUAGCGGUCAUGCUUGCACAGGGCCAGGAGGUGUUCCUCGAGAAGCAGAUCGCGGACGGCAAGAAGGUUGGUCUCUUGGCCAAAUUGGCGAGCCAGGCGUCAUUUCUGUAUACGCAAGCAACGGACGGCGCGCAGGAGAAUGUUGGAAAGGCUGUGUUUGAGAAGGUCUGGCUGUUGGUCUGCCAGAUCAAAGCCAACUACAUGUCUUCUUUGGCGCAAUACUACCAGGCGCUUGCAGACGAUGACGCAAACUCUCACGGCGUAGCCAUUGCACGGCUACAAGUGGCGGAGACAAAUGCGCGGGAUGCAAAUAGGAUAUCCAACGCCUUCCCAUCGUCUGUACCCACCAAUUCGAACCUAACCAGCGAAACUGGAACCAUUUUAUCUGAGAUGACCAAGAAGCAUGUUACAAACAUCCAGGAGAAAUUGGCCGAAUUCAUGAAGGAUAAUGAUUUCAUCUACCACCAGGGCAUCCCUAAUGAGGCUUCUCUGAGCCCCAUACCAAAGCUUCCAGCAGCCAAGGCGAUCCCCGUGAGCGAGUUAUAUCAGGGACAGGAUAUCCAACGCAUCAUCGGUCCGGACAUCUUCCAGAAGAUUGUUCCCAUGGCGGUUACGGAGCAAGCUAGCUUGUACGAUGAGGAGAAGGCUAAACUGAUUCGUGCUGAGAGCGAAAAGGCCGAAGUUGCUGACGACGAAAUGGCUGCCAGUCUCGACUAUCUCAAGCUCCCAGAUAGUUUGAACAUCCUUAAAGGAGGUAUGGACCAAGAGCCAGUGGUUGAUGAUGACUUCCGAAAGUGGUGCGAAGAAUUGGCAGGUCACGCGCCGUUCCCCAGUGCGUUCGAUCAGCUCAAUGCCGACAAAUCAGAAAUUUCGUCGACGUUGGAUGCGUGUAUGAAGCAAUUGGACAUGGAGGAAAGCGUGUGCGAGAAGAUGAGGUCGAAAUAUGGAGGCGAAUGGACGCAACAGCCCAGUUCGCGACUCACAUCGACGCUUCGCAACGACAUUCGAAAUUAUCGUGGUGCCGUCGAGGAGGCCAGUACUAGUGACGCGCAGCUCUACAGCACUUUCCGACAGUAUGAAUCAGACUUCGAUGAGAUGCGGUCGGCUGGCGAGACGGAUGAAGCAGACGUCUUGUACCAGCGUGCAAUGAUCAAGGCUGGAGCUAGCAAGGGCAAGAGUCCGCGACCGGCUGAGGGCAAUCUUCUCGAUGAAGAUUUCAUCGACGGGCCCAGUGUAUCUGAUCAAAUCGCAAGUGUUGAGGACGUGCUGCGGAAGUUGAAUCUCAUCAAGAGGGAGCGAGCGCAGGUACUGAAGGAUCUCAAGGACAAGGUUCACUCCGAUGACAUCUCCAAUGUUCUCAUAUUGAACAAGAAAGCCAUUGCGAAUCAGGAGAACCAGCUGUUCAAGGCUGAGCUCGAGAAAUUCCGCGGCCAUCAGAAUCGCAUCACACAGGCCAACCACAAACAGGCAUCGCUGCUGAAGGAACUCACGCGUAAUUACUCUGACCUUUUGAAAGACAAGCGUGUCCGCUCAGAGCAGACCAAGUAUGAGUCGUUCUCGAGGCAAAGGAAUACGGUUAUGACGAAGUACCGCCGUGUCUACCAGUCCUUCAACGACUUGAUCGCCGGUCUGAUGCGUGCACAAGGGUUUUACUCGGAGAUGAAAGAGACGGUGUCAAGCCUCCACAAGAAUGUAGAGACUUUCGUCAACAACCGUCGCUCGGAAGGUGGGCAACUUCUGUCGAGGAUCGAGCAAAGCAAAUCUCAAGGUGCCGACCAAGAGCAGCAGCGGUUGAAGGAUCUCAUGGAACGUAUGUCCAUGGAGCCGUCCGGGUCUCCCGUAGGUGGUCGUAAGAAGAGCGUACCAUCGCCACUUUCUGCACAAACCAUGCAGCAAGCACAUCCAGCAUAUAACCCAUCCGCCUCACCACCCAUCACACCUCGAUACAGCAGCGCCUCACAGCAUCAGCCUCCAUAUAUGUCUCCACCCCAAUCCUUCCAGCAGCAACAAUCCUCGAAUGGCUACAACCAACACCACUCCCAGCCCCCACCCCGCAGAGACUCAUACCAGACCACCUCGUCGCACUACUCCCAGCAACAGCAACAACAAUACAACCCCACAACAUUCGGCAACAACCCCGUCUCCCCGCCCCCUCACCAGCAGUACUUCUCCCCACCGCAAAACACACAACACCAGGCAUGGAACCCGCACCCAAGCCAACAAUACAGCAGCCCUGCACCACCCCAACAGCAACAACCCCAACACGGAAGCACAUUCCUGCCACAGGGCUACGUACCGCCUCCGCCGCCCCCAGGCCCACCACCGUCCCAGGGCGACUACGGCCAGUACGCCAACCCGUACCCCUCCGGUCCUGGUGGCUACGCGAGUGCCCAUCGCCCUGGGUCGCAGAGCCAUCCCCAGCAGCAACAACAACAGCAACAGCAAGGUGGAAAUGAUCCGUGGGCAGGCUUGAGCGGGUGGAAAUAA